GUUAAUGUUUCAGACGGAGGGCCAGGGUUUAAAUCUACAUUUCUGUAAAUUUUUGUUCUGUUUGUAAAUGAAUCAAACAUUUUGUUUAUAUAAAAUGUGAAGGAAGCCAACGUUCGAGACUUUAGAGUCAGCUAGAAAUAGUUGAUUUCUAUAAGGAACAUAAAGCGAAAGAUUGAUACCAAGUGGAAGUUUUUAAAAAUAAAAUAAUGACUACGAAGCAACGAAAAUUUUAGAAUGACAUCAACAUUUAGUAGCACUUCUAAUGAUAACCCUCCUAUGAUAAAUGUAAGCGAUGAAGAAUCCAAGCAGACGAUCAAACGUUUACUAAAGAAAUUAUUAAAACUCUUAGGUUCAAUAAAUACUUCUACACAGAACACUCUCGAGAAACACGAGAGAGAGACGGUCGCCUUGGCGUUUUGUAUAGCAACCCAGCUUCUUCACUUUUAUACUUUUGAAACAGACGCAGAAAUUAAUGAACAGGAUGCAAGAAACGUCCAAAUUUUUUUGCCAAGAAUACACGAAGUCAGAAAUUUGAUUACUGCUGAUCGUUUUGACUUUCGACCGAAUGGCCCCAAAAGCGAUACUAAAAAAAGCAAUGCCCGAAAUAUAUCGCCCAGGCUAGACCUAGAAACCAACUCAGCAACAAACAAAACAACAAAGAUUAUGGAGUACGACUCAUCAUCUAAAACUAAACCAGUAGUCGAUUUCGUUCAAGCUGUUGACACGAACAGCGAUACCAAAAAAAUGAAAGCCCAAGAAAUCUCGCCAAGAGCAGAUCUAGAAGCCAAUCCUUUCAUUCUAAGGAAAACGACUUUAGAAUACGACUCGUGUUCUAGCUCUAAACCAGUUGUCAAUGUCGUUCAAACUGUUGAGAAACGAAGUGAUACCAAUAAGAUUAGUGCCCCCAAAAAAUCGCUAAGACUAGAUCUAGAAACCAAUCAUUCCAUGCCAAGGAAAAGAAUUAUACGUUACGAGCAGACUCCUAGCUCUAAACCGGUUCUCAAAUCUAUUCAACCAAAAGACAACAUUGGGAAAGAAGCAAAACAAAAACACUAUGCUAAUAAUAGCGCUUCUUCUAGAUAUUUUGCAGAAGAGAAUAAUUCUCAAUCCAUUAGAGAUUUGAAGAACAACUGGAGUGUUUUAUCAAGAUCUGAAAGCCCGCAAAGUGCUCCAAAUUUGACAGAAGAUCACAGUUCUAACCGUAAACUUUCCAGACGACUAAGUUUGAACCAGACCAGCCUUCCCAAUGUCAGGUCAUCACACCAAUUGCUUUUCGCAGUCUCGCAGAUCAAUAAAUUAGAUCAUCCAAGGUUCGAAUAUGCCCUUUCCAGUGAUUCGAGGAAAAUGCAUCCAAGGUUUCUUCAACAAUUGCCAAACGGAUUAAGUCGCAGUCCACUCAGUCCUGAACUAGAUAAACAAGCUGUGAGAAGAAAUUUCCGUUACCUGAAAACAGAGAUCGACGCCAGAAAGCUGGCCGACUACAUGUUUCAAGGCGACGCCUUCUCGUAUGACGAAAGAACAAUGGUUAGUCAGGCCUCAACAAGGGCAUUAGCCAACGAGCUUUUCUUCAAUUUUCUUAUGGACAACGAAACUGAGAAAGCGUUUGAAGAAUUUAAAAAAGCUUUGGAAAAAGAAUAUCCUCAUGUCGCCAAGGUAUUGGCUGACGAUAUUUUAAAAUGUGUAAGUUCCAAAGAUUUAAAAAGAAGAUAGGCUUCUAAACUAGUUUCAGACGCGUCAUUCAGCCAGCCUUUAAUUUGUUUGUAUUGCGACACGGAUGAGGUUUUGUGACCAGUAUUUCUUGCUAGAAUUCCCGACUUACCAGAAGCAUUCUCAGGACUUUCCUUAAUUUGAAAUAAAAAAAAAAGAUAAUUGCCAGAUAUCAAAGUGAUAUGCUCGCUUGGCUUUGGACACACACUUAUAAGAUUAAUGGUCUUGGACCCCAACACAUGGUCACAAGGUGUCAAGCCACCAAUGAGGAAGCUCGGUACAUAAUUGAAGAGAUAAAGCAGUGGCAGACAGUAAACGCAAUCACCUUCACCUUCACAUAUCCCUUUAUCUGUUGACCCGUUGGGGAACCAAACAAGAUCUGUUGGCCAUCUUUCUCCAUUAGAGGCAUUUAGAGGACAGAAAGAGAGAACGAUCAUACGAUGAAACGUUAACAAUGGCUGAAAAUUGAAAUUGAGGCAGCUGGCUGCCAUAGAAGAUUGUAUAUCAGACAGUUUAGUAUAGUCAGUCUAUCCUAAUUGUAUUUUGGAAUUUUGAAAUGUUCAAAUUAGAAUGAUAAUUUUAUAAGUUGUGUAUAUGUUUCUACUCCGUGCAGUCAAGGAUAUAUUCAUACUCUAGUUUAUUUAUAGCUUGAAUUGCUGAAUGAAAUUAGGUGUGUGCUAUGUUACAUGUUUAAGCACUUGAUGUUCAACGAGCAUGCCAAACAGGUCGGGAGGGUACUAUAUAAUAACAGGGUAAUGUGGUGUAAUUGCGAAGUUGUACAUAUGUAGUGCGCUGAGGUGUAAAUGUAGCUCUUUAAGGUGUAAAUGUAGCACUCUAAGGUAUAAAUGUAGCACUCUAAGGUGUACAUGUAGCACUCUAAGGUGUAAAUGUAGCACUCUAAGGUGUACAUGUAGCACUCUAAGGUGUAAAUGUAGCACUCUAAGGUGUAAAUAUAUUGCUCUAAGGUAUAAAUGUAGCACUUUAAGGUGUAAAGGUAGCACUCUAAGGUGUAAAUGUAGCACUCUAAGGUGUAAAUGUAGCACUCUAAGGUGUAAAUACAUAGCUCUAAGGUAUAAAUGUAGCACUUUAAGGUGUAAAGGUAGCACUUUAAGGUGUAAAUAUAGCACUCUAAGGUGUAAAUGUAGCACUCUAAGGUGUAAAUAUAUAGCUCUAAAGUAUAAAUCUAGCACUUUAAGGUGUAAAUGUAGCACUCUAAGAUGUAAAUGUAGCAAUUUAAGAUGUAAAUGUAGCGCUCUAAGGUGUAAAUGUAGCACUUUAAGAUGUAAAUGUAGCGCUCUAAGGUGUAAAUGUAGCACUUUAAGAUGUAAAUGUAGCGCUCUAAGGUGUAAAUGUAGCAAUUUAAGAUGUAAAUGUAGCGCUCUAAGGUGUAAAUGUAGCAAUUUAAGAUGUAAAUGUAGCGCUCUAAGGUGUACAUGUAGCACUCUAAGGUGUACAUGUAGCGCUCUAAGGUGUAAAUGUAGCAAUUUAAGAUGUAAAUGUAGCACUCUAAGGUGUAAAUGUAGCACUCUAAGGUGUACAUGUAGCGCUCUAAGGUGUAAAUGUAGCACGCUGCAGUGUGAAUGUACAGUUGAACGGAAAUGACGCCAGAGAAGAGGAAGCUGGCUGAACGUGUGUACAUUUGAAGUAUAGGAGUGUUAACAGUAGUCUCACAUUGUGGUGCAAUCAAAAUAUUAAUGCAAGCAAAUAAUUGAAGCAGUCUUUUAUUGAUAAAUGAAUCUCACUUGACCGGACAGGAUGUCAUCUUGGUCGUGUUGUAUGCAAUCUGGACUGUGGUCUCGAUGCUCCAGGGUUCAAACCCUCCACCAUCCCCCUCAGUCCUGCGGGAGGCUUGUGCUAGGAGGUAGUGAUCUUUAAUUCUGAAGGAACAUUUGAAACAUGUCUAACAAAUAGAGUAGCAGUAGCUCUGUUCUCCUGAGAUAACAGGUCCAUCAAGUAAGCGUAAUACUCAAAGGGAAACAUUUUUUCACAUUUUUUUGCGUUGUAAAAAUAUAUAAUCAAAAGAAAAUGGCAUGAACUGGAAGAAUAGGAAUUAACGCUAGGAACUGAACAUAAUUUUCUGAACACGUUACUGUAUGUUAUAUUUUUCUUUCCAGACUAUUUCUUAUUUCUUAAUUUGUACAAUUAAUUUAAAAGACGUUUUUUUUCCGACUCUUUUUCUACGCCAACUUUUUAUUAUAACUUACAAAAUAGAUUUCAGAAUGUGUAGAGAUCUUAAUAUAGACAGGAUUAGGGUUUCACGCUUGACUGCACAUUGUCCAGUAAAAGGUUAAAGCACGUCAACAUUGAAAAUAAACUUUGAUUAUUUUCUGGACUAGCAGCAAUUUAAAAAUAUAACAAUUAAACAAUUUAACCAUUUUAUUUUGCUUUGCCACAAAGCUCAAGCGCUACAAAGGCAGUUACAAAUAAUAAAAAUAUGCAAAUAACUCAAACUCAAAUUAAUAAUUAAACUAGUAGUAACAAAUAAAAAAUAAAAUAAAAACCUUUAUUCAGAAUCCAUUUGUAAAUGUGAGCCUACAGAAAAAAACAAACUAUUGCAUAUAAUAGAAUAGGAAAGGGUCAAGGGUCAUAGCAGAAAGGUCAUUAUUAAAAACUAAAAUAUGUGAAAGAGGACAAGGGGAGGGGAGGGUCUCACUGCUCAUUGUUGGUUUGUUUCGUAUUAUGUUCAGUGUCUCUCGCUAUUCAUUAACUCUUUCCCUACUAACUGACGAGACCAACGUUGAUUUGAGUUCAUUAUAUUAAAUUAAUGUUUGAUUUUA